AGAGAGAGAGAGAGAGAGAGAGACGGAGCAGGCAGCGAUGGCGGGAGCACUGCGAGGCCCCUCCGAUUACGCCCAGGAACCCACCCGUCACCCCUCCCUGCGCAUCAACGCCAAGGAGCCCUUCAAUGCCGAGGCGACAAGGCGGGACCUCGUCGCGUCCUACAUCACCCCCGUGGAUCUCUUCCUCAAGAGGAACCAUGGACCCAUCCCCAUCCUCGACGACAUCGCCAGUUACUAUGUGAGCAUCGGCGGUUUGGUAGACAGGCCAGCGAAGCUUACUCUGGAUGACAUCAAGAGGCUUCCCAAGUACAAUGUCACUGCCACUCUUCAGUGUGCAGGGAACAGGAGGACUGAAAUGAGCAAGAGCAGGAAGGUGAGGGGCGUCGGUUGGGAUGUCUGCGCUCUGGGGAAUGCGACAUGGGGAGGAGCUAAGUUAUCUGAUGUUCUUCAGCUCAUUGGUGUUCCAUAUCAUACUGAAAUUACUCUAUCAGGAGGAAAGCAUGUUGAGUUCACUAGUGUGGAUCAGUGUCCUGAGGAAAAGGGCGGCCCUUACAAAGCAUCGAUCCCCUUAGGCCAUGCAACAAACCCUGCAGCAGAUGUACUGGUUGCCUAUGAAAUGAAUGGUGAGGUGCUCAAGCGUGAUCAUGGAUACCCUCUCCGCGUCGUUGUUCCAGGUGUCAUUGGUGCUCGUUCUGUUAAAUGGUUGAACAGAAUUGAUAUAAUUGAGGAAGAGUGUCAGGGUUUCUUCAUGCAAAAGGAUUAUAAAAUGUUCCCUCCAUCAGUUGAUUGGGACAAUAUUGUGUGGUCAACCAGGAAGCCACAAAUGGACUACCCAGUUCAGUCUGCCAUAUGCUCUUUGGAAGACACGAAUGCCAUUAUUCCAGGAGAGGUGACUGUCGCUGGAUAUGCACUGUCAGGAGGUGGCCGAGGAAUUGAGAGGGUGGAGAUAUCCACCGACGGUGGCAGGACUUGGUCUGGCGCUGUCCGGUACCAAAAGGAAGGCGUACCAUACGUUCCUGGGGACGUAACCAGUGACAAGUGGGCUUGGGUUCUCUUCAAGACUGUCAUCGAUGUAAGAGGUGACACGGAGAUCAUUGUGAAAGCGGUUGAUUCUGGUGCAAAUGUGCAGCCUGAGAGCGUGGACACUAUAUGGAACCUUAGAGGGAUUCUGAACACAUGCUGGCACCGUGUUCGGCUUCUGACAAUACACAACCUAAGAAGCCUUUUGUGAUGAUCCCACACAUACAGCUAACUAGUAUUAUCUGCUUGAUUAGAAUCUGCAUCAGAGAAAAAAGAGACAAGAGAGACCAAUAAUAUUGUCUAGUAUGAAAGAAAAAAUGGUUGACUGUCUUGGAUGUUUUAAUAAAAUCCCGUGCCACCUUGUUAUGCUAUUCUUUUUUAGUAACAAAUGUGCGUAUAUGAAAUUAUGAGUAAAGGCUUGAUCAAUUUCUUGUCAGAAUCUGUUCA